UUUAUAUUUUGCUGCAGAUGCAGAAACGAAACACACAAAUAAGUGUUUUACAAUCUCACAAUCAGACGAAGCUUUGAAUAAGCAAAUGUGUGUUUAGUGAAAGUAUUUUCUUUAGUUUGAAAUAAGCAACGUUAAACUGUAUGAACUAAUAAUGUUAGAUUAAAUUAUCGACAAACCUUCCUACCUGCACAAGCAACGCAACUUGAGUAACCAACAUGAAGCGUGUGUUGGAUGUAGAGUACAAAAAUGUGCCCGUCGGGAAGUCGCGUGAUAAAACGAUUCGUUCCCGCAACAAGCGAAAGUGCAAGCGCAAGAAAAAUGCCCGCACGAUUAAGCGCUUCUGGCAAGCGAAGGAAGGGACGGUGCACCAUCACAGUACAGCACAGCAUCACUACGACCCGCGACAUCCAGCCGCUGCUAUGAUGCGACGCCUGCCUGCGACGAAUCCGUGCUCCGAUAUACGUCUUAAGCAUGCCCAGAACAUGUGGAUUCGAGCGUACCAUCGGGUGGUAAAAUGGCACACCAAGCACCAAACCAACUACUGGAAGCAAUGUGCCCAGCAGCUGAGAGCGGAAAACGAUCGCCUGAAGCGUUCCGUGCUGGCCGCCGGCGGCAGCACUGCCAGGGAGGCAGCCGACAGUAGCGAUUCCGAGCAAGAUUAUCAAGCUGAGGACGAUCCGUUCGGUGACACCGAGGAUGAAAGCACGGACGCAACAGAAGGAUGCGGAGAGCGACAUCAACGGUCGCAACGACAACGAACCACCGCAGAGGAGGAAGAGCGAGACGAGCUGGACGAGGAGUUUCUCGCGUUCAUGGAAGUGUCGGCCCGGCAUCGGCUCGAGCAUCGACGGCAGAAAAAUGAAAGUGUUCAUUAAUUAGAUUUAUGAAUAAAUUAAGACCGAUUAAAGCGCCCGUUUUUUGUUCGGGUGUCGAGGUGUAGUACCCCUCCUUACAA